UUAAGAUUGAAGCUGGCCUGCCUGCUGUCAGGUUCGAUCCUGUACAUGAAAGGUUUUACUCUGCGUGUGCUUUUGUAGAACUUUCUGGGUUAACUUGGUUUCAGUGGCUAAAACAAACCAAAGCCACACUUACAACCUAAUAAGAGUCUAGAGUCGGUUCAGACGUUAUCAUUUCUCAAAUCUCACACAUCUGAAUCCCCGUUCAGAUGUUUUUUAUGAUUGCUGGGGUGUGUUUUAACACUUAUCUUGAAACAGAGGCCCUCUCUGUGUGGUAACCAUGGCCCGGGGCUGUAAGCUUGGUGCGAUGUCUGGUCCGGUGUGGGAAUUGCGACACCUUCCUUGCGUUGUAAAGCAGGUGAGAACUGGCGGCCGCCUACAUAAGAAGACUCCACCACAAUUACAAAGCACUGACAGCAAGGUUGCCGUUUGGAACCUUGGACCAUCAUCCUGAUUUUCUCUACUGAUAUUUUGUCUUAGUGUUAAAAUCUGCCUUACUUCUACAGCUGUUUCAACUGUGUCUCCGCUCAAAAAUGAUGUCUUUUUUUCAGAUUAUGGCUUUCCUCAUCAGCCCCAUCAUUCUGUCCACCUCGGCGGCCUCAGCUCUUAUUUUUCCCUAUAAUUCUCUUCUGAGAGAGUCCAGAGGUGAAGCUGAAUCGUCGGGUGGUGGAGCUGGCCAAGCUGUGCAGGGAAUGGUCAAGGUUGUCCAGCUGGACCCUCGUAACCUGGUCAGUUCGGCGUUCUUCAGGAGAGGACUCGCUCAGAGGGGAGCUCCUUCCCACACCUCCAGACUGCCCUUCCCUGCCUUUCUGUCUCACGGGCGUCCAGGUCCUGCCCAAGCCCCCAAAGACCCUGUAGGUCCACUACGCCACCUGCGGCCUCAACGACCCGCAGAGGCAGAUCUGAAGAAGAAACAGGGACUGCAGAUGUGGCAGAAGGUCAUGGAUAAAGGAGGGAAGGUGUCACUGCCUGUUAACCUGAAGGAUACUAAGCAAACAUGCACCGCAGUGCCGUUUACUCAGCAUGUGACGGCAGAUGGAUGCCAAACAGUGACAGUGUACAACAAGCUGUGCUUCGGCCAGUGCAGCUCGCUCUUUGUCCCGUCCGAGGGGGAGUUUGCCGAUCCGAGUCCCGGGACGGGGGCCUUCCGCCGUCGGGCCCCCUGCUCCCGCUGUGCCCCUUUCAAAGCUCAGACAGUCGCUGUGCCUCUGCGCUGUGGAGCCCAGGUCUGGGAGAAGAGAGUGAUGGUGGUGGAGGAGUGCAAGUGUGAGACGGGCCGGGAGGAGAGGAGCGCCGAGGCUGCUGCUUACACCCACCUGUAACAGUCCCAGCUGCCAAAAGGACAAAACAUUGGCAUUCAUGUCUGCAGUCAGAUCAGCGUGAGAUUGCUGCUAAAAAUGGGGGCAAUUAUUUUUCAUCACAUGUGCGUUAAGUCCUCUCACAUUUGUAUGCAACUGUGUGUUCUGCUUUAGAUUUGAACAAGUCUGAAUGUGUCAUUCGGAGUAAACUACUCUGGUGGAGUGUCCCACCGAAGACUGUUGACAAAUGACCUACUUUGGUCAUGCCGAUUUUUGUUUAUGUGAGGUUCUUAUAACAACCCAGAGUAAAAACAACUUGGUUGCAAAAAUAUAUAAUUUAUUUAAGAUGCCAUUUUUAUACACGGAAAGCAACAAGAACUUUAAAAAUAUUUAUGAUUUUAUUGAGGCUCUAGAUA